UCUCAUAGCGGUGCAAAACACGAAGAAAAUCAGGAACAGAAGACUGGAAUCGCAGAUUCUAGGCAUCGCGAGAGAGCCUUAGGAUGGAGCCACUCACAGAUGUGCCUUUAUUGCCAGGAGAGGAGAGAGUGAUAGCUGUGACCUGCCAUCUGUAAUCAGACUGUGGAGGAUCACAGAGAAAUGCGGACGAUGGAAGGGGAACUCGUAGUGAAAGCAUACAAAGACCUCAUCUACAUAUGUCCCUUCAGUGGGGCUGUGAAAGGAAAAGUAUUCAUCACCAACUACAAACUCUUCUUUAAGAGCACUGAUAUGGACCCUGCUGUUACCCUCAACGUUCCUCUGGGGGCCAUCAGUCGAGUAGAGAAAAUGGGCGGGGCCAGCAGUCGGGGAGAGAACUCCUACGGACUUGACAUCACCUGCAAGGACAUGAGGAAUCUACGUUUCGCCCUGAAACAAGAGGGCCACAGCAGGAGGGACAUCUUCGAGAUCCUAUUCCGAUAUGCCUUCCCACUCUCUCAUGGCCUGUCUCUGUUCGCAUUUCUGAGCCAGGAGAAGUUUGAAGAGAAUGGCUGGAGUCUGUACAGCCCCAUGCAGGAGUUCAGAAGGCAGGGCCUGCCCAAUGACAAGUGGAGGAUCACUUUCCUCAACCAGCAGUAUGAGCUGUGUGACACGUAUCCCACCAUUCUGAUGGUCCCAUACAAGGCAACUGAGGAGGACCUGCGGAAAGUGGCCACCUUCCGUUCCCGCUGUCGUAUCCCAGUGCUCUCGUGGAUCCACCCGGACAACCAGGCGGUGAUCACGCGCUGCAGCCAGCCCCUGGUGGGCAUGAGUGGCAAGCGCAACAAAGACGACGAGCGCUACCUUGACAUUAUCCGCGAGACCAACGGAACCACAAGCAAGCUGACCAUCUUCGACGCUCGGCCUAACGUCAACGCUGUGGCCAACAAGGCCACAGGUGGUGGUUAUGAGGGGGAGGAUGCCUACCAGAAUGCUGAGCUAGUGUUCCUGGACAUCCACAAUAUCCACGUUAUGAGGGAGUCACUGAAGAAGCUGAAGGACAUUGUUUACCCCAACGUAGAGGAGUCCCACUGGCUUUCUAGUCUGGAGUCUACACACUGGCUGGAGCACAUCAAGCUGGUGCUAUCAGGGGCGAUCCAGGUUGCAGAUAAGAUCUCCUCAGGGAAUUCGGUGGUGGUGCACUGCAGCGACGGCUGGGACCGCACGGCCCAGCUCACCUCUCUGGCCAUGCUGAUGCUGGACAGCUUCUACCGCACGCUGAGGGGCUUCCAGGUUCUGCUGGAGAAGGAGUGGGUCAGCUUCGGACACAAGUUCGCCUCUAGAAUUGGCCAUGGAGAUAAAAAUCACGCAGAUGCAGACAGGUCUCCCAUCUUUGUGCAGUUCAUUGACUGCGUCUGGCAGAUGACCAAACAGUUCCCCACAGCCUUCGAGUUCAAUGAGCACCUCCUAGUGACCGUGCUGGACCACCUCUACAGCUGUCGCUUCGGCACCUUCCUCUACAACUGCGAGAGCGUCCGCGACGCCAACGAGGUGAGGACAAAGACCAUAUCGCUAUGGUCCCUGAUCAAUAGUGACCAGCUGACCUACAUCAACCCCUUCUACGCUUCUGAGUCCAGUUGUGUACUCUACCCUGUGGCCAGCAUGCGCCAUCUAGAGUUGUGGGUGACUUACUACAUUCGGUGGAACCCUCGAAUUCGACAACAGCAGCAGAGCCCUGUGGAGCAACGGUACAAGGAGCUGCUAGCGCUGAGGGACCAGUACCUUAAGAAGCUGGAGGAGCUACAGCUGUCUGACUCCACCCCACACCUGCCCAACAGCACCACCCCCUCCCCCGCCUCCCCCACACAGCGGGUCACACAUCUGCACACACCCUUCUGAUCCAAGGCGCCCUGCUUGCACACUUAAUUGUACAUAAUGGUAGAUAAUGUAAUAAUAACAACAACAAUAAUAAGUAUAAUAAUAAUAUAAUAGUUAUAAUUAUGUGAGUUCUACUACUCAUAAUAAUAGUAAUACAGUGAUGAUGCAAUAAACCACAAUACAGCCUUCAUGCUUUAGACGGACUGUAGGGAGGACUUAAAGAUAUGUGCAUGUACAUGUACUUGAGUAAAAACGAGUCUUUCCUCCUGGACAUCUGGACAGGAAAAACUCAUCGCUCUACUUCCGCUUGUUGAAAUGUGCAUUUGUAGUCUCUGCAGUCAUUUUCUGGGGUCUAGCAGCCAGUCAAUUUGCAGAAAUUGCAGCGUUUCUUCCUGGAACCGGAGAGGGGGAAUUUAAAUAACUUCAAACAGCGUACGAUGAGUAUAGCUGACGUGGGCAGGAUGUGUAUUUAGUGUUACUUCCAGACAACAGUAUUUACUGUAGCCUCUGUAUGUAUUCCAAAAGUCCUGAAAUUUGAGCAGUGAUAUGUGGCACUUGCUGUGGUAAGAAUUCACUGAAUUGCCAGCUCCUCAAGUCCAAUUUCAGCUUGAUGUAGCUAACUGUGGAGUAAGAAAUAAGCAGUAUAUCACAGAUAUAAAUUCAUCAGAUAAAAGAGUUUAGAAUUGUUUGGAAUUGAUUCUACAACAGUUUCUGUCCUUGAAUUAUUAUUGCUUGGCACUCUCUUGGAAAUGGGUGCUGCAAUGUUACACAUAAGAAGGGCCUUCACAGUUUUUAUCCUUUAGAUGUCCAGGAGUUAGGCUUCAGCCAGAGGCCCUCAUCCCCUAGUCCUGGAGACUUAUUGAUCUGCAGUGUUUCAUAAUGUUACCAUAUAAAUAGCUAAUUUGUCUGAUGACUGAAUUCAGUGAGGUUGAAUAAAUUUCAGUUAUGUAUUAUUUGUAGUAUUAACAUUUUGUAACCAGUGAGAUUAAAGAUUUUGUAUUCAAAUGUCAAGUUACAAGAGUUUUUGACAGAAUUAUACCUGACACAUAUGUAUUUGCACUAUUAUGAAAGAAUGACGGGUUAACGGGGUAUAAAUGGACCACUGCAGUACCAGAACCAGGGAAAGGGGCCUCUGAUUGAGACUAGUUCUGUGCCUUCAAUAUCUGAGGUCUAUCUUCGGAUGGACGGUAUGUAUUGAGUUGUUUUCCAAGUGCAGCUUUAGUAGCAGAAAAGAUCUUUAGUAGCAGAAAAGUCUCCUAUUUCCCAUUUGCAGUUGAUUGAUUUUUAGAACUUCUCUGUUCGCUGGCUGAUUGAGAUACCUGCAGGCCCCAAGGACCACUAGCAUUAGAUUGUCUUGGGUACCGUUGGGUAACAUAACCUGGCCCCACUGCCCAGGGAAAGUAAAACUUCAGAUUUAACCCCUUUGGACAAAUAAUGAAUUCAAUACAGUGUCCUGAUGUAAAAUGAAAAGCAGAGACAUAGAGCUUAGACAACUGCCUAAUGUUGCCCUGGAAAGCUGAGCUUCAGCAUUUGAAGACCUUGGCCUCAAUGAGGAGACGAUGUUAAACAAUAGGGAGGAAAUAAUGCUUGAUUGUUGUUACAAGAGAAAGAAAAGCUAUUUUGUUUAUUUUUUACUUUGUAUACGUAGAGUAACUAUGUAAUUACCUCACAAAGAACUGUUUUAAUGGUCGUGUAAGAUGUAAUUUUAUUCAGUGUAAAGAUUGACAGUUUUAUAAAAAAAAGCAAAAGUGGCAAGAGAAAUCUUUUUUUUUUUGACAAAUGGUAGGCACAGUAGCAGUUUCCUGUUAUUAGCUUUUUUUUUCCAUUUUCUUUUUUUCCCCCUCAUACUGCCUUAUAUGGCAAAGGCAGAGGACUGUACUGUAUUGUGUUUCUAGAUACUGUAAGGAACAGAACCCCUCUGCCACCAUUUCCACAAUGCAUUGCUUGAACACGUAAUUUUCAACAAAAGGUGUUUUCUUUCUGUUCCUCCACAUUUUUGGCUUUAUGUACACUCAUUUAGCCCUCUUAUUUCAAAGGGAAAUAUUUUCUGCAUUGUCUCUACAGUUUGUUAGUUAGCCCUGGUUUUGUAAAUACUGCUAAUUAAAUUAAUUUGAAGGUUC